UGAGAGUUCAGCGUAGGGCAAGCACGGCGCGAACGAAAAUGGAGGGCGGCAAAUGAAGCAUUUGUUUUGGUUUCGGAAGGUGGGGGCGCCGGAGAUUACGCCAAAAAAUCUUCAUUGACGUAUUUGGAUUGUAGAAUUUCUAUUUUGUUGCUGCGGCUCUGAGUGUGUGAUAUUUGUUUAAUUGGGGUACUGAAACAGGGGUAGAGAAUGUCUAGAGAGGCAGGCUUAAGGUUUAAGCUUAGUAAGAAACUCAAAAUUGCAAGUGGGAGAUCUGAGAAUUCCAAUGAUGAAAAUAAAAGAGUUGAAAGCAUACAUAAUAAUGACAGAAAGGGAAAGUUUAAACCUAUGAGUUUUGAUAGGAAAAAGAAGAGAAUUUUUGCUGAGCAAGAUUCGGGUGGGGAAGUAACUUCUUCUGGUAAUGCAAAGGUGGCUAGUAGAAAGGGUUUGUCUAGUAAAGGAUGGAAUCGGGUGAAAGAUGAUUUUUAUACUGAAAAACACAAGAAAUCUCCUCAAUCAAUACGUGUUUCUAGUAGAACAGAGAGCUCAACGUCUGAAGCCAAAUACUCUCGUAAAUUUAAGGACAUAGUGAAAAGUGCACGGGCAUCUAAUAGAGCAAAGGCAGAGGAUGUUGAUAAUUUUGAAAUAGAAAAAAACAAUAAAAAAUCUCCUCGCUCGACAUGGACUCCUAGUAAAACAGAUAAUUCAACUUCUGAAACCAGACAUUCUUCUCGUAAACGUAAGGAAACAAUAGAAAGCGCCCGGGAAUCUAAUAGAACCAAGGCAAAGGAUGUCGAUGGAAUGGAUUUUGGUGGCAUUGGUUCAUCUAAGAAACAUGCCAAAAGUACAUUUGACUCAAGUAAGCGCCUGGAUCUGAAUCAAAAGAAAUUCUCAGAUGUAUCUCCAUCAAAGUCUGCCAAAAAAAAGGUCCAGGGAAAAAGAGGGUUGGAUGAUGAUUCAGAAGUGCUAGAUGAACAGCCAAAGAAGAGCAAACGGGUAAUUCGGAUUGAUCGCCAUGAUAUCUCAAAUAAGCGGCUAGAUGAUGGCAUUGUUAUUAACGAAAGUGCCAAAGAGAAGAAAAAGGAUUUGGAGAAGCAAACUGAAAUCUCGAAAAAUGCACAAUUCCGGGCAAUACAACCCAGUCCCUCAAUCCUUUCCUUUGUGGAAGAUAAUUUGUUGGGCCGUAGACGCUCGAUUGAGCUCCGGAGGGCUGGCUAUAACAUUGAACUUUCUGCCCCAUUAGAUAAUAUCCCCUUCUCUACCAGCUCUGAAAGAGAACGUAUUGAAGAGAAUAUAUUUAGGAAUAAAUUGACAUUUUUUGCUGCUGCAAAAGCUUCAUCAUCAUUUCCUCCUCCUGAUCUUCCAGAGAUAGCAUUUGCAGGUAGGUCAAAUGUUGGGAAGUCGUCGCUACUUAAUGCGCUUACCAGACAAUGGGGUGUUGCUAGGACGUCUGACAAGCCCGGCCUUACUCAGACUAUUAAUUUCUUCAACCUGGGACCAAAACAUUGCUUGGUUGAUUUGCCUGGGUAUGGCUUUGCCUAUGCAAAAGAAGAAGUUAAGGAUGCUUGGGAGGAGCUUGUAAAGGAGUAUGUUUCCACUAGAGUUGCUCUGAAACGGGUAUGCCUGCUUAUUGAUACAAAAUGGGGUAUGAAGCCAAGGGAUCAUGAACUCAUCGAUCUUAUGGAAAGAUCUCAAACUAAAUACCAGAUUGUAUUAACCAAGACGGAUGUGGUUUUCCCUAUUGAUCUGGCACGCCGUGCGAUGCAAAUUGAAGAGAAUCUCAAGAGGAAUAAGUCUCUAGUUCAACCAGUGAUGAUGGUAAGCUCGAAAUCUGGAGCUGGUAUCCGAAGUUUAAGAACUGCGCUUUCUAAGAUUGCACGAUUUGCCAAGAUCUAAUGUUUCGUCAGGCUGUGCGCCCUACUGCUGAUCUAAACUUUUCUGGCUCCAUAUGUUUCCUUGCAAAGCUGAAAGCCUCUAAUUCAGCAAAACAAUGAAGGGGCAGAUUUGUCUUUAACUUCAUUUGCCGGAGGAGCCUGCCCACUCCACCUUAUAGGAUGAUAUCAAUGGAGUUGAAAGGUGUUAAACAAGAAUUGUUUUUGUACUCAGAGUAACAUUAGACAUUAUAUUUUUAUUUCACAAUUAUUUCUC